GCCACAUCACCCAUGUCUUUCGAUAUCACACCUCAGUCGACCCAGGCAUCUUGGCCAGCUGCUGUCCAAAUAUCACCAUGUGUGCCUGCUGUCACGUCUCACACCUUUCCCUGGGUCCUCACUGCCGGAUCCACCAGUGUUGGAUCGGCAGUCUAUGGAUCGUCGAAGACGUGCUCGGAACAUAUUAAUCUCCUCCCCUCCUACAUCUGCGGGUUGAAAGAUGAUGCUGGGCAGAGCGUUGCCUCCGGCUCUGUUCUCGCUACUCCUUGCUGCUGCGCGUGCUGCCGCCUCGCCAUCACCAUACGACUUCAAGGACAAUUACAACCACCCCGCACCGAGUCCUGAGGACGGCCCACCUGCAUCGUUCCACGCUACAAGAGAUAGGCAGCGGUUGCCGUACGAGAUCUGCGGCCUUGUUGCUGGCUACGUUUUCACAGUAUUGAUUUGGGGCGUACUGCUCCUCACAGUUGGGAGAAAGAUGAGACGGAAAGCAUUGGAUCCGCCACCUGGGCUGGAGUUUGAACAGGAGUUGAAACCCAUAAGAGGAGCCAUGGAGACACCGAUUAGUCCGACUUCGAUACGCUCGGCCACGAGCUGGAUGAGGAAAUUCAAGAGGGGCGAGUCGCUUUCUGGAAGCACUCCAGUCAGCCCGGUUGUUCAGAGUCCAAUGUCGUUCGAUCAGAAGGUGCUCGAUGCUGACAGAGCGCGCGCUCAAGAUGAUAUGGAGAGGCUGUAUGCUGCUGUCAUGGACCAUGAUGCAAAGAAGCACUCGCGGCAGGUCAGCCAGGCCACUGUUGAAGAGCCACUACCACCACCCGCAAUUAGACAUGAGAGGAGAAGGCCGUCAGCUAUCAGCAUCACUCACCGAGCACCGACCGACAGCAGCCCUACAUCUCCCAUUAAAGCCAUCUACCCUCCCGACUACAACAACAACAACAACAACAACAACAACAACAACAACAACAACAACAACAACAACAUGGCCGUACCUAUCCCACACUCCCGCAACAGCAGCCUCCGUGCCGAAUACCCACCUCCAUCACCACGCUCCAUCCUUUCAAAGCCCAGCCGUCUCUCAAGCGCCAGCAAACAAGACAAAUCAGCCCGCUUCAAUCUCAAGAACCUUCGCAUCAGCGGUCCCAUCCAAAGCUACGGCGGCGCAGCACCUGACGAUGAUGCCCGCACGCCAUUAUCACCACGCUUCUACCCCGAUCCCGGUGCGCCACCUUCACCGCCGACCCAACCCACAUCACCAUCAACACCAUACUCUCCCACGGAGCCAGCAGAGAUCAAACGCGCACACAGCCUCAGGAUUCCACUGCCCAACCCCGCACCCCAGCGCGGCCCCGGCCUGACCAUCGCACCACCACCAUCACCACUAAACAUCAACGUAUCGAGAUCACCCACCAUGACGCCAACUAAGCAACUGCCCUUCCGCUCCUACCAGAACGAUGCACCCCUCAAGUCCCCCGGUAUCCAGACCACAGUGCUUGACCGCCGCCCCGAGAAACUCUCUCUGCAGACACCACGAACCGGUGUGCCCUUUACGCCAUAUAGUCCGUACAUGCCAUUCACACCCAUCACACCUGUGACGCCGCAUCUAGUGACGAAGCGCGAGAGGAGGGUGAAGAAGAAAGAGGGGAGUGAGAGGUUGGGACGGCUGGACGAAAUGGUGCAGAGUCCCAAGGAGAUUUUUGGGGAUGCUUACUAGCUUGCGUGAGGGGGAGGUCUGGCGGAGGAGACGAAGGGAUGUCUGUAAAUAUGGGAGGCUAUUUUGCAUCUUUUGCGCUUAACUAUCACGACUUAUGACGACAUCGAGUAUGUACAUCACUUAUCUGAGCAAUGAUACCGCGGGCUAUGGCUUGCUUUAUUUUUAUCAUAACCGAAGACCCCGGGGGAUAUGGUGCACAGUGUCAAGUGUGAACCGUCCGGCUUUCUCGUCUGAAGUGCUUCCUGUGAAGAGGACUGAUCGCUUCGCAAACGAUGUAGAGACAGCGCAGAGGAAAAGACCAGUGACGCCCAGACGCCGGCCCAAAUCUAACCACCAGUCCUCGCCUUCUUCUUUGAUCCUAGUCGCUAAACACCAUUACCCGCCUUUCUCUUCUGCACACCCGUGACCUUGGCGUCCUUCCUGCACGUCUGUCCUUCCCUCAGCUUGUCGUCAAU